GCUGCCCUCUUUUUUUUCCCCCUCUCUUUUUUCCGUCCUUCCUGGGGAGAUUGUGGGGGACAGGCGGCCGAGACAGAACGCAACAACGAGAGAACGGAAGAGAGCAAAGGAGCGAGAGACAGAGAGACAGAGAGAGAGAGCAAGAGAGAGAGAGAGAGAGAGAGAGAGAGAGAGAGAGAGAGAGAGAGAGAGAGAGAGAGAGAGAGAAAGAGAGAGAGCGAGAGGGAGUGCUUGUAACAUGCCCUGCUAUGCCGGGUGUUGACUGCUGCCUCCCCGACCGGCGUUCCCGGCUGUCAGGAAAAGGAAUGUUUUCCAGAGGAACGAUUCCCUGAGACGCUUUACCAUGAGGAUGUGGGACAGCGAUAUUCAAUCUGCCACGGAAGAAUACCUCAGAAAACACAGCAGCAGGGGCCGUCCAGCGCGUUCGACUUCCUAUCUCUCCUUCUCGACCGAAGCAGUUCAAGACGCUAGGAUGACCGUGCGUGCAAGCGCGCUGUACAUGUAAACAGUGGACAGACAGCUAUGGCAGUAGCGGCAGGAUGGUGUGAGAGGACCCAGCUGCUCUGAAGAGGAACCACAGCAUGGUUCCGCCAGGACCCAGUGUGUUGACCUGGGACACGUCGCUGGGUGUGGGGGGUUCACGAAGCGUGUAGCGAGAGCGCUUAGCGGCAGACAGGGAGCGAUAAAGAGAGGCGAGCGCUGAAGGCGAAAGGUGAGCAGGUUCUCCCUGCGCCAGGCGAUGAAACCUGGCCACUGUCCCCCUGCCAAGGAGAGGACCAUGAUGCACCUGAGAAACUACCCUAUCAGGAGGCAUUCCUGGAUCUGCUUCGAUGUGGACAACGGGACGUCGUCGGGUCGCAGCCCCCUGGACCCCAUGGCCAGCCCGGGUUCAGGCCUCAUCCUGCAGGCCAACUUUGUCCACAGCCAACGGAGGGAAUCCUUCCUCUACCGCUCGGACAGCGACUAUGACCUGUCGCCCAAGUCCAUGUCCCGCAACUCCUCCAUCGCCAGCGACAUUCAUGGUGACGAUAUGAUUGUAACACCAUUUGCACAGGUUCUGGCCAGUUUAAGAACUGUACGGAAUAAUUUUGCUGCAUUAACCAAUUUACAACAAGAAAGAGAAAGGGCAAACAAAAGAUCACCCAUGUGUAAUCCACCCCCUAUCACCAAGACCUCCUUUACAGAGGAGGCCUACCAGAAGCUAGCCACAGAGACUCUGGAAGAGCUGGACUGGUGCCUGGACCAGCUGGAGACCCUGCAGACCAGACACUCUGUCAGCGAGAUGGCCUCCAACAAGUUCAAGAGGAUGCUGAACAGGGAGCUGACGCACCUGUCGGAGAUGAGCCGGUCGGGGAACCAGGUGUCGGAGUUCAUCUCCAGCACCUUCCUGGACAAGCAGCACGAGGUGGAGAUGCCCUCCCCGCAGACACAGAAGGAGAAGGAUGAGAAGAAGAACAAGCCCAUGUGUCAGAUCAGCGGCGUGAAGAAGCUGCAGCACAGCUCCAGCCUCACCAACUCCAACAUCCCCCGCUUCGGAGUCAAGACAGAGACUGAGGAGGAGCUGGCCAAGGAACUGGAGGAUGUGAAUAAAUGGGGCCUUAAUGUUUUCAAAGUCACAGAGUUUUCUGGGAACCGGCCACUUACAGUCAUGAUGUAUUCCAUAUUCCAGGAGAGAGACUUGUUAAAAACGUUCAAAAUUCCACUCGACACCUUUAUAACCUACCUGAUGACCUUAGAAGACCAUUACCAUGGCGAUGUGGCCUAUCACAACAACAUCCAUGCUGCUGAUGUGACCCAGUCCACACAUGUGCUGCUAUCCACCCCUGCACUAGAGGCUGUCUUCACUGAUCUGGAGAUCCUGGCGGCCAUCUUUGCCAGUGCCAUCCACGACGUCGACCACCCAGGAGUCUCUAACCAAUUCCUCAUCAGUACCAACUCUGAGCUGGCCCUCAUGUACAAUGACUCGUCGGUUCUGGAGAACCACCACCUGGCUGUGGGCUUCAAGCUGCUGCAGGAAGAGAACUGUGACAUCUUCCAGAACCUGACCAAAAAACAACGACAAUCACUACGCAAGAUGGUCAUAGACAUUGUCCUAGCGACUGACAUGUCCAAGCACAUGAACCUGCUGGCUGAUCUGAAGACAAUGGUGGAGACCAAGAAGGUGACCAGCUCUGGGGUCUUGCUGCUGGACAACUACUCUGACAGGAUACAGGUUCUCCAGAACAUGGUGCACUGUGCGGACCUCAGCAACCCUACCAAGCCCCUGCAGCUGUACCGGCAGUGGACUGACCGCAUCAUGGACGAGUUCUUCAGCCAGGGGGACCGGGAGAGGGAGCGAGGCAUGGAGAUCAGCCCCAUGUGCGACAAACACAACGCCUCGGUCGAAAAGACCCAGGUGGGGUUCAUAGACUACAUUGUGCACCCCCUGUGGGAGACAUGGGCCGACCUGGUGCACCCGGAUGCCCAGGACAUCCUGGACACCCUGGAGGACAACAGGGAGUGGUACCAGAGCACCAUCCCCCAGAGCCCCUCUCCUGCCCUGGACGAGCCCGACGACGGCAGCCGCCCGCCCGGAGGGGACAAGUUCCAGUUUGAGCUCACCCUGGAAGAGGACGGAGAGUCCGACACAGAGAAGGACAGUGGGAGCCAGCCCGAGGAGGAGGAGGUGGAGGAGGAAGAGGAGGAGGAGGAGGAGGAGGAGGAGGAGGAGAACAGCUGUAGUGACUCUAAAACCCUCUGCACGCAGGACUCGGAAUCGACAGAGAUACCGCUGGAUGAGCAGUUGGGGGAGGGGGAGGAGGAGGAGGAGGAGGAGGAACAGAGAGAGGUCGAGGGAGAGCGCUCUUUCACGCCGGACUGUGUAGUCGAAGAAGAGGAAGGGGAUGAAGAGAAACAGGAAGAGGAGAAAGGGAGAAAAACUGCCGACACAUAGCAGUGUGUAUGGACAGCUAACAGACUCACUGCACCUCUUAGUAAUGAAAGAUAAAUUAUUUAAAGAGUAUUUUUGGGGUUUUGUGGAGUUUGUCUGUCUGUUUUUUAUACGUCCAUGUUUAUGGUUCCAAAGCGCACGCUGCUUGUCACCUUGGCCUCUCCCCUCUUCUUUAUGCCACUGGUCAGCUUUUCAGACACACACACCGGUACUUCUACAAGUUUUUGCACUCAGGAAAACUCUCUUUCCAUUCCAGUUUGUACUUAAGUGGUCGGUGUUUCGUUUAAACCUCAUCCCUGUGAGUUAAAGUUACAUUUAGGAGUUUGGAUCAGCUGUUUCUCCCCCCCCCCCUCCCCCCCCCACAUACACAUAACCUUUCUUACACUACACACACGCACACAACCCCCCUGCCCUCAUCCCCAGGCCAGGGCCAGAGUGCAGCGGUAGAAGUAUAGCAGUUCUCUGUAUUUAAGUGCCCAUUCUACAGAAGUGGCUAUGGUUGUGUUCAAGGAGAACCUCUACCCCGAGUUAUUCCUCCCCUGGGCGCCAGCGGAUGGACGGACGGAUGAGGACAGAUGAGGAUGGAUAGAGGACGUCCAGAAGGCUGGCCGCUGCAGCCAAUGGGGGACCGCGGCAUUGUGGGACUUUAUCCCUUUUUCUGAAGUUGAAGUCUUCCUCGUACACGUGACUGAAAAAGGCGGAAAUCUCACAGCUCCGACGCUGUCUUUGACCUCUUUGGUUUUUGUAUUGUAUGUAACUUGGAGAUCUUUUCUAGAUUUUAGAGGACUGAUUAUACUCUGUGCUGGUGAGGGGAGUCUAAUCAAACACUGGUUUUCAGUGUUUAAAAUGGUAACCUGCCAGUUGUAUUAGGAAAGGGAUACGGAGUAAGUAUUUGCACUUGCUCUUAUCUUUAUGAAACAGCAUUAAGAUAAAUAUUGCAGUGUCCCUGCCCACACUUUUAGUUGUGUAGCUUUCAGCUUUUGUUUUAUAGAAUGUUUUGUUGAGGGGGAAAAUGUGACAAGCCUUGGCACAGACUUUAAGUUCAGUGAAAUCUGUUUCAACUGAAGAAGCCUUUAAGUUUAAGUUACUUGCUCUUGUCAGCAGUUCAUGUCAUCAGACAAUGCAAUCCUCCUUAUGGAUAGAAGAAGCACCUUGAGUUAGAGAGUUGAACGUGAGUGUUCUAUACGUUUGUCAUUCAUUUUCUAGCCUAAUGUGGAAGUCUUUGGGGUCUGGAUGUUGGCAGUGGUGGGAUACAUACUAAACUGCAUAUUAGCUGCUGUCAACAGGCCCAUUUCUUGUUUUAGGGUAGCUAAAGGUUGAUUUUACAGUUUUAUGAUGUACCACGUGGAUUCAUGGUUGUUACUUCAAGAAUGCGAAGCAUUGUCAUUGCCACUAUGGUAACCUUUACUUUUUUUUUUACUAGAAUCAAUCAGACAAUCAUCAUGUGUUGGUGUCCUGAGGAGUAUUGGUUGACUGUAUGUAGAUACUCUAAUGCACUGAUGUAUUCAUAUCUCCCUACUUUUAUUCUUUGUUUUUUUGUUAGUUUUUUCUUUUGUAUUCAACUCGCCAAACCUGUCAUGUACAUUUAGGCUUAAACAAGGUUAAUUUACACCUCAGCCAAGUUACUAUUUUUUUCCAAGUUUCUUUUAUUGUCUUUUUCUAACAGCUGACACUACUAUUUAUUGAUUUUCUUUUGUGUAAUUGUUUUGUUUCAUUUAUGGCAUAUUUAAGCGGUACAGUACAGCUUUCACUGUAGCAUAGAUCUACCGCACCAUACAGGCUUGCCCCUCUAUUAAACCCAAAUAUGCUUUCUCUUUGAAUUUGUACAUACAGUAUAGACAAGGACAUGUACAAAUUUUGAAAAAACACUUGAAUCAAUAUUCAUGGCUUUUUAAAAUUGUGUUUAUUCUUAAAGAAAUGUGUCAUUUCGAAACUGUUUUAUCUAAUCCGGAUGAUUUUUUUAUAUGUCAGGAUUAAAUGAAAUUAAUUUUAUUUGUGCCAAGUUUGCUAUUCUUUUCAUCCUCACCCGAUGACCUUAGCUGUAAUACAGUUUUCUGGUUUUAUCGCUGUUUACAAACAUGUAUUUAUUGUGCUGUAUAUACUGUAUUAUUCUUAUUGAUAUCAUGAUGCUGUUUGUUGUAAAUGGUUGAUUCUUAUCAUCCCUUAUGGUGAUGGUGUGACUGAACUCCAUCUAGGUGAGAGAGUGUUUGUUACACAUGCUUCUUUAAUGUAAAAUGAUCCAUCGGUAUAUUGGCUUUCUGAGAUCUAGCUAGCUCAGAGGGGAGAGGGGAAAGCCAACACUGUUUUUGUUUUCUUUUUCUAGAGAGGGAGCUGUUCCUUGGCCCAUGGGCUGUGCCUUAAAUUUAACAUGCCAUUUAUCUUUCUUUCUUUUUCUUAGCUUUCUAGUCCUCCUCUUUUUGCUGCAUUGUUUGGAAUGGGUUGAUCUGAUUUGAACAUCGGAUUCUCCGUCUUCAGGGAUUUGAGUGAGAACGUUGCCUAAAUGUUUCACAGCCAAAUAAACCCAACAUAUUCAACAAAUAUCACCAAGGCAACGAUUCUUGUUCAAUUCUGUUGACAGAGAAUUCUAAGGUUAGGUUUCAGCCCAUUUGCCCUGGAGUGACUGAUAUGUGGCUUAUAGUAGAUAUAAAUAGGCCUGGUCUACAAACCUUAAUCCCUAUUCCCAAGACCUGAAAAGUAUAGGUGAAAGCAAUAUGGUGCUUGUUUCCCCCAAUCCCAGUCCUAAAGUUUGGAGGAGCUUGUCCGGUAUUGCUAGCCCCAUUUUUGAUUCUUUCAGAUCUACAACCACUAAGGGGGAUAGGAGGGGAUGGUUCUUGGAGAUGGGGCUUAUGGAGCACCAGGGCGUGGUGACACACCCGUGUGUCCAGUCACUGCUGCAUUUCUUUGGGCUGAGACACUGAGGGUGCUUCACCUGGCCUGGUCUCUGCCUCGCUCUCACCACAUGCAAUAUCUACAACCACUGACAUCUUUCUGCCAGAGACACGAAGCCUGGUAUUGAGAUAGAGAAUGCAGGAAGGGAUGUCAUCCUAAAAAAAAUGCGUCCCAAAAUUGAGAACUCUUAUUUUGACACGCAUACUGUAGAUUCUAAACAGCCCUGGACCAAUGGAAUUAGAGGGAUCUUUAACUUUUUGUGUUCUAUUUUUAUGGUAUGAAAGGAAUACACAAACUGUAACUUCAAAAAGAUCUCCAGGACAAUUAUUUUUGGGUUAUGUCUUUAGAAUGCCAACUUGUCUGGACGUUUCACGAGACAAUUAAAAGUUAUUUUAAUGGAUUCCUUGUUAUUUGCAGUCUAUUGGAUAGCACUGUAGACCAUAAAGACUUUCUGUAUAAAAAUGAAGAAAAAAAAAAAGUUUUUAUAUGCAACAAAUUAAAUAAAAGCAUGGGUUGAUUCUG